UCCUAAUACACAUAGGUGAAUCUCAGGAACCUGAAAUGAUCUUAUAUAAUGUAAGCAGAAUUAUGUGCAUAUGGAACGUACCCAAAUCUUCCUGUCGUCAUGCUUCUUUCUUUGGUUUUUGGUUUCUUGACACAAGGUGGGGCUCAAGGUUGGUGUAAACACAUUAGCCAGCUAGCCAAUUUAGCUCCAUAUCUGAAAUAAUGUUUCGGUAGUAAGUACACUUUUUAUUCACAAAAUGCGAUGUUAUCUUCAUGCAGUUCUGCUGUGCAUGGUUUUUGCUGUCUUGUCGGUGCUGUAUGUAUUUAGUCAACUACCGGUAGCAUCGUCUUUGGAGUCGCAAGACGAAGACGGAUUGACCGAAAGAACUAAGAAAUCCAAUAGCAGGCAACUACAAGACACCGGGCACGUCAGGAAAGGUAGAGGAGUGUCUGCCCUUUUUGACCAGAAAGAACAUGAGAGGUGUAGUGCAUUGUCAGUGUCUUACUGGAAUCCCUAUUGGAGACUGCCACCUGAUGUUUGUGGAAUGAACUGCUUAUCGGAACCAUCUCCUAGCUAUCUCGGGGAGAAGCCAGCCUCAGCCAGCAUCAAGCAGACCAGUCGUGAUGAAUGGAUACAACUGGCUGUGGUGGCCUGUGGCCCCAAACUAGAGGAGACCCUCACCAUGCUGAAGUCUGCCCUUCUCUUCAGCACUAAACCACUGCACUUCCACAUCUACACCGAGGAUCACCUACAUAUCAGCUUCAGAGAGGCUCUGGACUGGUGGCCCAGUGUGUUCCAGACAAGGUUUAACUACACCACGUACCCCAUCACCUUCCCCAGUGACAACGCCAAGGAGUGGAAGAAACUCUUCAAACCAUGUGCUUCCCAGAGACUCUUCCUACCGCUGAUCCUAAAGGACGUGGACUCUCUGCUCUAUGUGGACACAGACAUCUUGUUCCUUCAACCUGUAGAGGAGAUCUGGUCCAUUCUGAGUCUCUUCAACUCUACCCAGCUAGCAGCCAUGGCCCCGGAGCACGAAGACCCACGUAUGGCUUGGUACAACCGCUUCGCCCGGCACCCCUACUAUGGCAGGACAGGGGUGAACUCUGGGGUCAUGCUCAUGAACAUGACCAGGAUUAGAGAGAAAUACUUUAAGAAUGACAUGACGUCGGUCCACCUCCAAUGGGAAGAGCUGCUGAUGCCUCUGCUGCAGAAGUAUAAACUGAACAUCACAUGGGGAGACCAGGACCUGCUCAACAUCAUCUUCCAUUAUAACCCAGAGAGCCUGUAUGUGUUUCCGUGCCAGUGGAACUACCGUCCAGACCACUGUAUAUACGGCAGCAACUGUCUCGCAGCCGAACAAGAGGGCGUCUUCAUUCUCCACGGCAACCGAGGCGUUUACCAUGAUGACAAGCAGCCAGCGUUCCGGGCCGUCUAUGAAGCCAUCCAGAAGUAUCCGUUUGGGGACAACCUGAUCCAGUCUCUCCUGCUCCCCCUGGAGGCCAGGCUACAGGAGACCAAACACACCUACUGUGGAAGAGCCAGCCACAUGUUUACUAAGAGGUUAAAACGGAGCAUCAGUACGCUUCAACGGGAACCCACCAGGGGAAGAUGAGAGGCAACACACAACUAGAUUACCAGUCUACACUACCAACAGUGUUACCUCCACCGACGAGUCAAGCGCCUAUUGAAAAUGGAGGUAUAUGUGAUCUCUGCGGGAAUUGAACUCACAACCUUGGCGUUGCCACGCUCUUACGAACUGAGCCACAUAGGACCUCUUUCCUUUAAUACAGACAGUCCAUCCAUGCCCACAUUAGAUGAGUCUGUCACGGGCAACAACUACCGGAGCAUCAAGAUUGCUCCAAAGUCAAUAUGAAAGAUUUUUUUGUGUAACACACUGAUUGGUUUCAUAUGAAAACACUUGUUCCUCAGUCUGUCUGUUACAUAAGUGUCGUCUCUCUGUCUGAAAUCACUUUGCCCUCUGUAGAGUUUGACCUUUCUAUCUGAUGGCAAAUGGUAUACUUGACAAUCAGGUUGCAGUAGGAUUUUAUCUGUGACGAGAGUCCCAGUCUGACAAGCACUUAUUGUAACGCACUUCUCUGAAGACUGGAUAUACACUACCGUUCAAAGGUUUGGGGUCACUUGGAAAUGUCCUUGUUUUUGAAAAGAAAAGCUAUU